UCUCUCUCUCUCUCUCUCUCUCUCUCUCUAUCUACAUAUAUGUAUAUAAAAUGUUUAUAUUCUAUGAUUUUCAUCAUUAAAAAACUAUUAGUAUCAGAGGAAUACAUUCGUUGUCACUCCAAUUUUCAUCGCAUUCUAGUACCUUUUUCUUCGUUCUCUCUCUCUCUCACACACACAGAUAGAUAUGUAAAAUAUUUUGGGGGUUUAGUUACAAUAAAUUAAUAAUAUUCCUUAACUUUCUCCGCCUAUUUCGUCCCAGAUAAUGCAGACUAUUUUUUUUCCCUCUAGUUUCACUCAUCACAUGUAGAUACAUGUACCAACACAGAUAUACAAUCUAUAGAGGGAGAGUUUCAACUUUCAACAAAUAUAUAUAGAUUGCGUUUCUCGUGAUCCGUGCACAGCCUACUUGAUAUAUGCUUGGAGGGUUUGGUGCGCUGGUUCAAUUAUUCAUUUACCCAUCUUUGGAUCAUUCACAUUAGUGUUGGAUCCACAGAAAGAUAUUUAGAGAGAGAGAGAGAGACCCAUUUAGUGUUUUGGUGAGCUUGGAUUAGAAGAAAGUGAAUUUACAUCAUCAGCGUUGGUUUCCUGGAAAUUUGUUUGGUGGGUAUGAAUGAAAACGUUAUGGUGAUUUUCUCAGGCUUUUGCAAGAAUUGGAGUAAUUUUAGCUUCAAAAGUGGCUUUGUGGGUGCUUUGAAGGAAGAUAGAGCUUCACAGCAAAGUCUUUUGUGAGUUGUUCACGAUUAAAGCUUGCAAUCAAUGGUGAAAGAAUUGUGACCAGAAUGGAUCCUCAGGCUUUUAUUAGGUUGUCAAUAGGGUCACUAGGGUUGAGAAUUCCAGGGACAGCUUUGAAUGCUGCGAAAUCUGGGAUCCAUGCAUUAGCUUCUCCUUGUUUGUGUGAGAUCCGUCUGCGAGGUUUUCCAGUGCAGACUUCAUCAGUACCCUAUGUAUCUUCUCCUGAGACCACCCCAGAUUCUCACAGCAUUGCCUCAAGCUUUUAUCUUGAAGAAUCUGAUCUCAAAGCAUUGCUGUCACCUGGUUGUUUCUAUGCCCCUCAUGCACAUCUGGAGAUAGUUGUUUUCACAGGGCGGAAGGGUUCUCAUUGUGGGGUUGGUAUCAAAAGGCAGCAGAUUGGUACGUUUAAGUUGGAAGUGGGUCCUGAUUGGGGUGAAGGCAAGCCAGUUAUUCUUUUUAAUGGCUGGACAAGCAUUGGUAAGCACAAACAGGAGGCUGGAAAACCUGGAGCAGAGCUUCAUUUGAGGGUGAAACUGGAUCCUGAUCCCAGAUAUGUUUUCCAGUUUGAAGAUGAGACUAAAUUGAGUCCCCAGAUAGUUCAGCUUCAGGGCACAAUUAGGCAACCAAUCUUCAGUUGCAAGUUCAGUCGAGACAGGGUAUCCCAGGCAGAUCCUUUGAGCACAUAUUGGUCAAGUUCUGCUGACGGUUUGGACCAGGAGAUAGAGAGAAGAGAGAGGAAGGGAUGGAAGGUGACGAUACACGACCUCUCUGGCUCAGUUGUUGCAGCAGCCUUCAUAAAGACCCCCUUUGUGCCAUCAACAGGUUGUGAUUGGGUUGCCAAAUCCAACCCAGGAGCUUGGUUGAUUGUUCGCCCUGAUGCUUGCAGGCCUGAGAGCUGGCUUCCAUGGGGAAAACUCGAGGCAUGGCGUGAACGUGGCAUCAGAGACUCCAUUUGCUGUCGUUUCCACCUUCUAUCCGAUGGGCAGGAAGGAGGAGAGCUUCUCAUGUCUGAGAUACUCAUCGGUGCUGAAAAGGGUGGAGAGUUUUUCAUAGAUACUGACAGACAGGUUCGAGCAGUGGCAACUCCAGUCCCAAGCCCACAAAGCAGUGGAGACUUUGCAGCACUAAGUCCUGCUGUUGGGGGGUUUGUCAUGAGCUGUAGAGUGCAAGGGGAAGGGAAAUGUAGCAAGCCAUUGGUGCAACUUGCUAUGCGACAUGUGACGUGUGUGGAGGACGCAGCCAUCUUUAUGGCUCUUGCAGCUGCCGUUGAUCUGAGCAUCGAGGCAUGCAAACCUUUCCGUAGGAGAAUGAGGAGAGUGAACCGCCAUUCCUGGUGAAAGUUAUAUUUGAUGGUGAUUAAGUUCCAUGAACUUGAGGAAGCUCUUCUUCAUACUGUUGUAACAUUUGGGAUUGUGUACAGGAUCAUCUCGUUUACAUUAUAUCCUUUAAGAAUUAUGCCAUUUUGCCUUUUUUUUUUCUUUUUAAUGCUUUAAUGCGAUCUACCUGACAUUAUUAUU